AUGCUACCCAUACCUUCACCAGCGCUGGCCGCUCCGACCCAACCCACAACGUAUCAGUGGGCGAAACGGCACUUCUACACCUGCGACUCGAUCACCUACGCCUGGGAGCCGGAAUGGUAUACCCAGCCAUUCUAUACGGCCUCGUCCAGCUCAUAUGAUGCGGCGGCGUCAAAGGGGCCCGUCAAUCCUCCGGGGUCGGUGCUGGGUGAGAACACUGCAUGUGCGGCCGAGACAAGGAGUAGAAGUGGGUCAGAGACGGCGGGAGCGGGCGCAACGGGGAGCGGGAGGGGAGGAACGACGGUUGUGCGCGUCACAACGACCUCGGGCGGGUCCACGUUCGAGGCGACAAUCACACCCGUACUUGGCUCUACCGCAUCACUAGAGACAUCCGCUCUGUCAGCUACAGGAGUCCCCUCGAGCGGUCAGUCAGACCUGCCGACUCCCACCGCUACCGCUUCGGCAUCUACCUCUAUCUCCUCGACCUCGCUGUCCAUAUCGGCCAUAUCAACGUCCUCCUCUUCCUCUACCGCCGCUUCUCAGGCGCAAGUCACCGAUCCCUCGUCGAUCAAUAAUUGCGCGGGCGACCUGGACUUUCAGGCGUGGGGCACGAUUGCGGGAGCUGGAUUCACAGUACUCAUAGGGGGAUUGUUGUGGCUACUAUGGGCACUACUGAGGGGGAGAUUACCAGCGCUCUACUCGCCCAGAACCUACUUCGUGCCUUCCGACUCUCGUCCAUCCAAAGCCUUCUCCCUACUCGCCUUCCUCUUCCCCUUUUUACCCAGCACAUCCGCCGCCUCGGGCUCAGCAGCGACCUCCUCCCUCCCCGUCGUCCUCGCCAGCCUCAAACUCCUCAUCAUCUCCUCCCUCGUCGCGCUCGCCGCUGGUCUCCCCUUGUUACUCGUCACUAACCCCUGUAUCGCGCAGACCUCCCCUACGAACCUCCUCGGCGGUCGUCUUGGCUUCUUAUCCGACCUGAGCCUUCUGCGCUUGCUCAACUCGCUAGAUCCAGCACCGGAGUCGGCAUCGCGUGACUCGUCCAUCCAGCUUCUCCUCCAAUUAUCACCGAUUAGGCGUGCUCUUCCGCAGACUAUCGGCCCGGCGCUCUCGUCCGCUCGUGUCCGGCUCAUCGUGAUUCUUGUCCUGGGAGGACUGCUGAGUCUCGUUGGCGGGCUGUGGAUCGUCACGAGGACGUAUGCGCAGAUAUCGGCCAGAAGACGGAAGUUCGAGAAGGCGACAUGUGGAGGUAUCGAGAUGGUUGUGGUGUCGGCCAAGGACGCACCGGGGUGGAAGGGCUUGUCGGAGGAGAGAUUGCGGAAGAUGUUGCUUGAUGCGAUGAAGCCAAAGGAGGAGGGUCAGGGGUCGGAGGCGGUAGAGCUGAGUGUGGUCGGGGUGUUUGCUAUACCGGACACGACAGCAUUACGAGCCAAAGUUGAAGAGCGGGAGACCGCGCUGCUGCAUCUCGAAGCGGAAGAGGCAGACUACCUACUCGGCCACUCGGGCCAGCACGGUUCGACCGCUCACCUCCCUCGCAGCCAGCCAGACACACCCUUCACGCCUGCGCAGCCACCCAUCGCCUCCACCUCCCGCAUCGCCGGCCGUUCCAGCGCCGACAUCUCCCAAUCAUCCCGUACUCCACACCGCCCCUCUUUCGCAGCACGACGCGAGCCGUCCCGGUUCCGCGAGAUUAAUCGAAACUCUCUCCAGGCCAGCUUUGUCCAGUUUGAGAUCGGCCAGCCGAUCAAGGUGGACGAGUCGGGCAAAUUCGUUCCCGACCCCAGCCCGGAAAGUGAGGAAGGGCAUUCUGGAGUUCUCGGGGCUGUGUCCGAAUCAGAGGGGGAGUCGGGGGGCUCUGGGGAGGCUGACUCGAGAGCAUCAGAAGGGUCGAGGGAUGAGGCGAGGCUGCAUGACGGUCCGGCUCGACAGCUGGACCUUCAGCCCAGUCCGCCGUAUCGCAGUGUCCAGCCCUCAGCGGUUCCUUCGCCAAGCUCGCAUCCGUCGCCCGGGGUAGAGACGGCGCGGACGAGACUGAAGGUCUUGGAUGAUCAAGUAGAGGCGUUGCAGCUGGUCGCGAUGAGGUCGGCGGCGACUGGGGCGGAUACCGUCGGGUGGGUGAUAGUAGGACGAGGAGUGCGUUUCAUACCAGGCGGAACGCGGAUAGAGGGGUGUACGAUCGAGGAUAUAGACUGGAGGAAUGUUGGUGCCAGAGCGGGCGGGACAAGGUUUUGGGCGAGGAUAGCAAUACUGGGCGUCAUCUUGGGUCUGAUCUUGAUCCCCUUCAUUGGCCUCUCCAACGCUUCAUCACCCGGCUUUGCGCACUACUUGCCCUUCCUAGGUCCUCUCGCACGGAGUGACGGAUUCGGCUCGGGGGCAGCGCAGGGCUUCGUGCCGGGGUUGGUGAUGUGCUUCGUCGUCCUGCUAGCUAUCAGAGGGAGCAUAUUCCUGGCUCAUCGCGUACCGACGAUAUCUCGUAGCCGCCGGGACGUGCUCGCUACCCAGGCCACCUUUUGGUUGAUGCUGUCCCUCUGUAUCGCCUGGGCCUUGCUCGUUUCGUCUUUGGAGUUUGCGGUCCAGGGUCUAGCGGGAGAUGCGCAGAAAUUGCGGGACGUUGCGGAUGGAUCGAUCUACUCCACGUGGUGGCUGUUCGUCUUCUUACUGAAUGUCGCGAUCAUCUUGCCUGCCAUCAUACUGCUCCAGCCCCGCCGACUGUUGCGGCAUUUCCGAAAGAGGCGGACAGCAAAGACGCCUCGGUGGCGCUUCCGCCUCAGUCGUCCCGCUCAUCUCUCGUCCGCGCUCUUGCUCGCCGGUCCCCUCCUCGCCGUCCUCUACACCCUCUCCCUCUCCCUCAUCUUCCCCCUCCUCUGCAUCCCCCUCCUUAUCCUCCUCUACCUCUCCUUCGUCGUCCUCCGGCACAUGACCGACCGAGUCUUUGUCGACUUCAGCUUCAGCGACGGGUAUCUCGGACUAUGGCUCGUUCGCCGUUUGGGGUGGUGUCUCGGGAUUCAGCCUUUACUCUAUGGGCUGAUCCUCCUCUCGCGUCGGGAAUGGGCGAUUGGCGGAGUUAGCUGCGCGAUUGCGCUCUUGGCGGUGAUCCUCUCGGAAGCACUCACGGCUCGGCGACUCCCUGAGAAGCGGCGUAAGCAUCUCGACUCGUCCACCCGGUCCAGCCUCGAUGCGGUGACUAAGAGCAUGCGCUUCAUCCAUCCCGCCCAACGUUCACACUCCCUCCACUCGCGAUCGGCCUCGGACUCGUCGAUGCUCCAGCGGCUCACCACCCUCCUUCCCGGAUACUCUCGCCUUCCCACUAGCUGUCCUCUCCCCCUCCGCCCGCACACUAUCGACGAUAUGGUAUACACCGAACUCGCAUCCGUCACCCGCCGAGACCUAGUCGUUGGGCGGGACAAGGACGGCGACCGAUUCUUUCAUGAUCCGAGCGAGACGAACCGGGGGCUGGUGUAUCCGCCAGAGAUGCUUCAGCCAACAGCGGUGGUAUGGCUGCCAUAUACUCGGGGAGGAGGGGCGGAGAGCGAGGCGGCCGAACUCGAAGGGAUAAGGGGGUUGGUGGCUAUUGUUGAUCCGGCGCCUAUGAGACGGGAGGGAGGAAUUGAGAAGGAUAAGAGGAAAUCUAAGGAUCUUGGCAAUUAG